CACGUCUGGCUGUACCGACACCUAUUCCAGCGAACCGGGGGAUAGCAGAAGGAGAGCCGACGCCACUCAAGAGUAAAAAUCACCGAACACCCAAGUCAAGACGUACCUUUCGCUUGCUCGUCUUGGGUUGAGUCCGAGUCAGAGUCGAGUUGCUAUGACAAUUCCGCAGCCUGCUGGGAGACUCCAACCAUCUAGUUCCUCCGUCCCAUCUCAAUUUAAAAGUUCUGCUAAUUCCAACUAUACUGCAGUCUGGGAACCUCCACAUCGCACAGACACGUGCAAUGUUGUCAUUUUUGGAGAGUCCGGAGCGGGUAAAAGUUCCUUGGUCAAUUUGAUCGCUGGGACGAACACGGCGGUGAUAUCCUCAGAUAUUGGGGGGUGUACAACCGGAGCCAAUUCACACGAUAUUUUGAUUCAGAACGAGACGUUGAAGGUAAAGCUUUUCGAUACACCCGGUCUCGACGAGGAUCCUCGAGGUACAGUCCCAGAUAAGGAAGCUCGAAGAAUAUUGGGGCAGCGAGUUCAAACUCUGAUGGAGCAAGGCGACCUUCAUCUCAUCAUUUACUGUGUGCGGGGUGAGAAUGUGAUUCAGACACUCCACCGGAACUACGAAUUCAUUCGGUCCCAAGUCAAGAGGAAAGUUCCGAUUGUUCUCGUCGUCACAUCUUUGGAAUCCUACGACCCAGAUAUGGAAGAGUGGUGGAGGUUGAACGAGAACGCCAUCUCAAAACAUGGGAUGACCUUUGAUGGCCACGCAUGUGUCACCACGGGGAAGAUCACGCAAUCUAAUGUCACGGAAUUCGGCCGCAAACAGUCGUACGACGCUGUCUGCAAGCUCAUCGAACAGUGUCGCCUAUCAAAUGAGUCAGCUGGACUGUCACGAGGCACUACUUACAACAUCCCUUCUAAAUUGGUUGCGAGGGAUACAAAUAUCGUCCUCUUUGGGCUGGGGAGGGUAGGCAAAAGCUCGCUCAUUAAUCUCAUAACGGGAGAGAACGUGGCAAAAACAUCAAGUGACAUGAGAGCCUGCACAUUGCGCUGGCAAAAAUAUGCGAUCAAAAUCGAUGACAAGUCCUAUAACGUGUUCGAUACCGCUGCACUCGAAGAACCACAGCUGGGAAUCCCACAGUACCUCGAUGCUGUCGAGAACGCCUACAAGCUCAUUCGGAAACUAGGAAGACAAGGCGGCGUUGAUCUACUUCUGUUCUGCAUACGCGCAGGCAAACUCACACCUACGCUUCAAUACAAUUACCGGCUCUUUCACGAAUUCCUCUGUGACGAGAAGGUUCCCAUCGUUGUGGUGGUCACGUACCUCGAAAACGAGGAAGGAGAAAUGGAUGACUGGUGGAAGAGAAACAGAGACAUUUUCAAUGAACGGGAGGUCCGUGUCGCUGGUCAUGCAUGCAUCACUGCCAUCAAAGGCAAUUAUCCAGUCCGGUAUGAACAAUCGCGUACUACGAUCCGUGAACUUAUCAAGGAGUUCACUGCUGACGGGCAGAUGGAGGCGUGGAAAGGAGGAGACAGCACGUUCGUGUCGUUUAUGCGUAAGCUGAACGGGCUACUUGUAGGGAAGGAGAAACCGCGUAUGAAGAAGAAUGUAGCGUCCCGCCUCACCGAGCGUUGCAAUUUGCCUUCAGAUGUCGCAAAAGAGUUAGCUGAUAGGAUUAAGUAGAAGGAGCAACUUAACUUCCCGUGUGGGUCUUGUCUGACAUGUAUCUUAAUCUUUGUCCUAUAACAUGUUAUAUCCAAUGGAGCGUCAUCC